AUGCACCCUAACUUCGAUGAGUUGCUAGAUGACGCCAAAAAGCCACUCUAUCCAAAUUGUUCUAAGUUCUCAAAGCUAUCAUUCAUAGUCAAGUUGCUUCAUAUAAAGAUUGUUGGUGGUUGGACUGUGAAGUCGUUUGACAUGGUUAUCAAGCUUUUGCAAGCAGCAUUUCCUCAAGCACAUUUCCCUGCCUCAUAUAACGAGGCUCGCCAAUUACAACGUGGGUUGGGCUUUAGUUACAAAAAGAUACAUGUAUGUCCAAAUGAUUGUGCCUUAUUUUGGAAAGAUAAUGCUGAGAAGGAUGAGUGCCCUAAAUGUAAUGCAUCUAGGUGGGCCUCAAGCAAACCUAACCAAAAUAGGAUACCCAAAAAAGUCCUCCGAUAUUUUCCUUUGAAUCCGCAGUUGCAAAGGUUGUUUGUGUCAAAGAAGACUGCCCAAGUCAUGAGAUGGCAUAAAACCGAGCAUGUUGAUGAUUCCACCUACAUGAGACAUCCGGCAGAUUCACAUGUAUGGAAAGACUUUGAUAGGAAGCAUGCCUCAUUUGCUGAAGAUCCUCGUAGUGUCAGACUUGGCUUAGUGAGUGAUGGGUUCAAUCCAUUCAAUAACAUGAGCAAGCCGUACAGUAUUUGGCUAGUGCUACUUGUUCCUUACAACUUGCCUCCUUGGUUAUGCAUGAAGGAUCCGUACUUGAUGCUGUCGUUGUUAAUCCCUGGACCAAAGGCACCAGGAAAUGAUAUUGACGUGUUCAUGCGUCCACUAAUAGAUGAGUUGAUAGAAUUAUGGGAAGAGGGAGUUCCCACGUAUGAUGCAUACAAAAGAGAAAUGUUUGUAUUGAGGGCGGCAAUUCUCUGGACUAUUAAUGACUUUCCAGCAUAUGCUAAUCUUUCCGGCUGGAGCACAAAGGGUAAGAUGGCCUGCCCUACUUGUAAUGCAGAAACAGAUUCAUUGUGGUUGGUGCAUGGCCGAAAACACUGUUAUAUGGGCCAUCGUCGUUGGUUGGAUGUAGAUCACAGUUGGAGACGGAAAAAAAAUGUUUUUAAUGGUAAGGAGGAAAACCGUAUCCAACCUAAAAUGAUCUCUGGACAGGCUUUAUUGGAACAAUUAAAUGAGGUCUCAAAUGUGCAGUUUGGUAAAUCAACGUCAAAGAAGAGGAAACGUAUGCCUAAUGAACUUAAUUGGACAAAAAGAAGUAUCUUCUUUGAGCUUCCUUAUUGGUUAGACUUGGGAUUAAGACAUAACUUGGACGUCAUGCACAUUGAGAAAAACAUUUGUGAUAAUGUGUUGGGAACUUUGAUGGAUAUUGACGGCAAAAGUAAGGACACUGCCAAUGCGCGUAGGGAUUUGGAAGAUCUUGGACUAAGGAAAUAA